GCUUUACGGAAUGAGAUUACAGAAGCUACACUGGCACUGCGCUGUGCUGUUCCAAUGCGUAGCUGUCCAUGACUAGUUAUAUAAGGCUAAUUAUCAGUGGGCGUCCUGAACGUGCAUCGGAGAGUCAAGACACGACCGCGUAGUCCGUCAGGACCCACCGCAAUGCCCGGCCACAGCUGGCUCUCCGUCUUUUCCUUUCUCUCCGCCCUUUGUUCCGUUUACCUAGUGCUGGCACUAUUCAUCCUCGUCGUUAUUGUACCAGCCCGUGCAGCACCAGUCCCUCUGGAAGGGGCCGUGACCAUCGACACCAGUGCCUGCUACGUAGACGCGCUCAUCGUCUACAACCUAGCAAGUUACCUGAUCAGUAACUACGUCAUCCACGCCGCCGCGAUCCCCGUCGGAGCGGACAUUGGACGAUACGCGCAAAAGGUUACGCGCCAGGACGGAUGGCGCUGGAACCUGUGUCUCAACACAAUCUCGCUGUUCCUACCCUUCUUCGCGCUCUCGAGAACGCUCAUCCUGCUCGCCCAGCAGGUCAGGAGCAAAGGCAACGGAGUCCUCGCUGCGCUUCAACACGGAGCCCUCCUCGUCGUGGUCAGAGCUCCGAAAUGGAAACCUAGCACGAGGGAUGAAUUCGUCUACACAAAAGUCCCCGACGAAUUCUCUCAACAGAAUGAUACGUCAUAUGAAGCCUCGCUGCCGGAAGCCACCAUCGUGCUCGAUGCUGAUGGGGAGAAACACGCCUACCAGCCAACAACCCCCGACGACCACAUACUCCACGGCAUAGCAAGUCCACCACCAGCAUACACAUUGGCAAUACCCAUGCGCAAGAGUCACACCGAGUUUCUCAUCGAGACGCAUCUUAACGACACGAACCAGCUGAAGGUGCAUUACCGCUCGAGUAUCAUUGUCACGCUGCUGUCGCUCGUCCAGAUGGUCAUCGGCACGUUCAGCCUGUACGUCUCGCAGACGACCCAGAUCCCACGCUGGGGGUACGCGGCGUACGGCCCCUACGUGAUCAUGUCCGUCAUGAACCUAUUCUGCGGGGUCUUCGUGGGCAGCUACGCGAGUGCGCAGCUCCUGCGGACUCCCAUACUCGAGGAGGCAGUGCGGAGGGGCCAUGACAAAACGCAAUUCGACGGGACGAUUGGCACCGUGAAGAAUGAAUGCAUGCCCCAGAACUGGGGCACAGAGCCGCGAAGUCAAGGAGACUAUGUCGCAGUGCGGAUGCGCACAGAGUACCGGAAGAACAACGGCGGUUCCAAAGAGACGAUCCUCGUUGUUACAUUGAACGGAAAGAGCAGGGAGUACUGCCUCGUUCCCGCAGGCUGCGAGGCCGCAGGGGCUAAAGGCACAGCGAAACCCGUGGAGUUCGUGGUAUCCGCACUCACCCACAACGGUCCUCCGCCCCACGAUACCGUUAAGAGGCGGGAGGAAGUUACACCCCGCGAAACGGCCACCAUCGCCUCCCUGUUCCUCCUCGCCAUGAUCCUGCCGCAUGUCGUGAUAUACGCACUCACCGGUUACCGGCCCAAUCACAGCACUGUGGCCCAGAGGGCGUGGAUGAUGGCAUGGCUGGCGGCUGACCACUUCUCCGCCUGCUCGACGCUCGGGUGCUGGAUCGUAUGGAAGAAGAAACACAACGUCAUUUCAGGUGCAGUCCAUAAAGCAUGGUACGUCGGUCUUAUGGUGGCAGGAGUCGGAGGCUUCGUGACGCUGGCACAGAUGUAUCUGCAGGACCACGGUGACAAGUUUCAGACAUGUUAGUUGUGUUAACGCUCACAUGCACAUUAUAUCGCACUACUUAUUGCCGCACCGCAGAGUAUUUCAUAUAGUCGAGGUCAAGAGGUAUUAUCGAUCAUACAUUCUAGGCAGGAUUUUUUUUUGGUGGAGCGUUGCGCUUGUGGGCGCCAGGUGUGGCGGUCGAGACGUCGACCCCAGUGACCUCGCUAGUGUUUCGAGGGAUUGAAACCUCGAGCUUGUGUACUUCAAGGCAGGUUUGGAAAAAGC